CAGAGUCAUUUGAGAUUUUGAACCUACCCGCAGUCAGUGAUUCACCCGACUUUGUCAAGAAUGAAUAUUUUAAUAGUUUCUCUCGCGCUGUUUUCUGUAAUUGGUAAUGUUCAUUCAUGGAAUUUGGCCCCUUUAGGGUUAAACGACACCUAUCGCCUAUUACACGUUUCGACCUACUAUAUUCGAGCUUUCUUGUGCGUGGAAUUCGAAUCGAAAUCCCAACCAACGUUAAUAGAAUCUUUUUGGCCAGAGAAUUUCUUUGCCCUAGCACCAAAAGCCUUUCCCAAUAACCUUGCCCAUGCAAGAGGAGAAAGAUCUAAAAAUUGCAAAUUAAUCCAACAAGCUAUUCUUACACAGAUCGAUAGUUGGAAUCGAUUGUGGUUAUUGGAUAAGGGAACUAGAGCAUGUAGACCAAAGUUAAUUGUGUAUGAUCUUCUUCGAGAUAAUCAUGAGAUAUUUCGCACUGAAAUAGAUCAUUUCCGGGGACAUGAAGUCAUAACUAUGAAACUUGGUCCAACACCCACAUGUUGCCAAGUGGAAGAGAAAGCCUUCUUUGUCAUUAAGAAUAAACCCUAUUUGCUAACAUUCGAUUUGCUAAGACAUACCUGGGAGAAAGUUUCAAUCUCCAGCCGGCUAUAUGAGAACAUUCAGCAAAUCUUUCCAGUUCAUCCGAAAGAUAUUGCAUUUGGCUAUGGCAAUCAAUUGCUUAUAGCUGAACAAUGUGGGAAAUUCUUUUUGGUCGAUUCUAGAUUUAACGGAACAAAAGUUGACGCAGAAUAUAUGGGUAAUCUCAUUGGUUCACCACGGGGGAUGAUUGUCGAUGCUGUAGGCACUAUGUACUAUUUAGUGCCAAAAUUUGGAGCUGUUAUAAGGUGUUUACCAAAGAAAGGUCUAACAGCGGAGGGCAACGAAAUUAUAUCACUAACUUCGUUGCCCAUUAAUCAGAUAUUUUUUGGCGUUCAAGGAUCUGUAUGGCUCGCUAGUGAAACACCAAUAUUUGCAUAUGAUCAUUGUCAUCGGUUAUUAGAAAGUGUCGGAGUUGCUGGUGUUUAGUUGAAGAAAGUAAAAAGAGUGUUAAUAAAUCUUAUUAUAAAAUGAAAAAAUGUUUUGUGUGCAGACCACUGUAAUUUUUAAUUCAAAAUCCAAGGUACUCAGAGAAAAUUAAGGCACUUAAAAUCAAGAUCAUGAUCGUCUUAAAUUUCUCUUGUUAAAAUAAUAAGAUUUCUUAUAAAAAUAAAUAGAAUCUUUUUAAACUCUGUUAAAAUCAAUCUCACCUACAAUCCAAUUAAAUAAGAUUUUUU